GUGACGCCACAGCCCCUGGAAGAGGCGCAAAAUGUCGGCCCCGUUGGAGGUAGUGGUGAGCAGCGACGCCAGCUCUCAGUUUUGGAACGUGUCCGUGUUCGACUUGCACAGCGGCUCCAGCCUGCUUUCGUACCGCGGCGGCAACAGCUCGCCCCGAACGCUGUGCCUCCUCAACGGCCAGUACCUGCUGUCCGCGCAGCUGGCCAAAAACGUUAUCAACAUCUGGGAGAUCCACAGGAAGGAGCAGCUUCAGCAGAAAAUAAUUUGUCCAGGCGUGGUCACGUGUAUCAGUGCCUCCGCAGACGGCAUUUUCUUGGGGGCCGGCGUGGCCGAAGCGGUGUAUUUGUGGGAGGUGUCCACAGGCAAGCUGCUGUCCGUGGUCACACGUCACUACCAGGACGUCACCUGCAUCAAGUUUACGGAUGAUGGCAGCCAUUUUGUUUCCGGCGGAAAAGACAGUGUGGUUUUGGUGUGGAGUCUUAGCAGUGUGAUACAGGUGGACCUAACCCACGCCCCUGAGCCUCGGCACAUCCUCUCUCAUCACUCUCUGCCAAUCACAGACCUCCACUGUGGCAUGAUGGGAGCUCAGGCCCGAGUCGCCACAGCGUCCUUGGACCAAACAGUAAAGCUGUGGGAGCUGUCUUCAGGAGAGCUCCUCCUCUCAGUUCUCUUUGAUGUAGAAAUCAUGUCUGUGAUCUUUGACCCCUGCGAACACUACCUGUUUUGCGGCGGCAGCGACGGAAACAUCUUCCAGGUUUCUUUGAGUACUCAGAAUGCGCUGGCCGAUAACUUGUUCCAGUGCGACACCGACGCAAAGCGGACCUUCAAGGGUCACAGAAAGAUGGUCACCUGCCUGUCCGUGUCCAUGGAUGGGACGCUCCUUGUGUCGGGAUCCCACGAUGAGUCAGUGCGACUCUGGGACGUCCAAAGCAAACAAUGCGUCCGUUGCUUCGCUCACAAAGGCCCAGUGACCAAUGCCAGCAUCAUGGUGGCUCCCGCCAACAUGUUCCUCCCCGACUCGCGACCCCCCGUGCCCCUGCCGCGGUUCAGCCGCCACCGGCUGGAGAACGACGGCAGCUGGUCAGGCGAAGUGUGCGUCCGCCUCGGACUCCACGCUCAGAAGGAAGAGCCAGCCUACCUGCAGAAAGCCGAUAAGCUGGCUACCUUGAUGAACGGCGUGACCGAGAGGGAGCCGUCUGUCGCUCUUCUUACCAAGCUGCUUUUGGGAGACGGCGAGAACGGCCACGCACGUGUGGCCGAGUUGGAGGAGGAAGUUAGGACCCUGAAGAAAGUCAACAAAGAUUUGUACGACUUUUCGAGUCAUCUGCUGACAAAAGCCACGUGAAGCUCCGGCCUGUUCUGUGAACAGCUCUUCCGGUCGGUCAACUUGCGUCGAGCCAAUAAAAUCAACAGUCAAUCAC